GGGUGUUUACACUGGAUGAAUGAUUUACGGAGGUCUGUCGGGAAAGCGGUGGAUGAGGUCCACCCUGGUCCAAAAGCGCCGUGUGGGUCACGCGGCACCUGAUUCUUCUCCAGCAUGGGGACGUUUAUUAAAAUACUGCUGAGUUUGUGCGCGCUGCACCUCUUAGUAAAUUCUAGCAAAACUGUGGAUGCGUCUAGGAGACCAUGGACAGCUGCAAACAACAGGAGGACCAGAUCUGUGGCCAAACCUGUGCCCAUCAGCUGUAGACUGGGGAAUUGGUCACCAUGGACAUCAUGUAACUCCUGCACGGACAAAACAGUGAUUAUACUUCUUUUUCCCCUUCCGCUUCCGAUACCUCGAAAAGCCAUCUCAGUUUGGUGGGGAGCAGUGUCACGAGACCCUGUGGGACAGGCUGGCGUGCCCCAGGGCAACCGAGCAGUGUAUGGUACCCGAUUACUGCGGAGAGAGCUUCACCUGCAAAGGAACAGGCAGGUUUCCGUCCACGUGCACUGGGACGGCCCCUUUUUUCUAAAGCCAAAAUGGCGCUGCAUCGGUCAGUCCCUCCGCUGCAACGGAGAACCAGACUGUGAGGAUUUCUCUGACGAAGACGAGUGUGAAAGUUUCAACCGAAGAGAAGACAAGUGCUCCACGUUCCUGCCUAUUCCCGGGGCUGAGCGUGGCACGCAAGGGUACAACAUUUUGACUGAGGGCUUCAUGAGUCAGGUUCUUGACCCUAAAUACUUUGGAGGAAAGUGUGAAUACAUAUACAAUGGCGAAUGGAGGCAGUUCAGUUACGACGCAUUCUGCGAGAGCCUGCACUACAACGAAGAGCUGAAAAACUACCGGAAACCUUACAAUUAUCACAACUACCGUUUUAUGGCUGAAGCAACAACAGAGGGAACCCACGAGUACUACGAAGACAUGCAGAGCUUACUCAACGCUAGGAAAACGUCGUCAUCCUUCAAUCUUGGAGUCUCAGUCGGGGUCUAUUAUGUGGAAGCUGGCUUGAGUGGCAGCGAAGAGUCAGAGUUCCUCAAGAAUGUGACAAAGUUCAACAGCAAGGACUAUGCCUUCAUGAGGGUUUGGUCCAAAGUCCAAACAGCCAACUUCAAGAUGAGAACGAAUCAGCUGAUGCUUCACGAGGAUUUCUACGUGGCUCUAAUGGAGCUUCCCGAGAAGUACGACUUCGGGCGAUACUCGUUCUUCCUGAACACGUUCGGCACCCACUACGUCACCGAGGGGACCAUGGGGGGGAAACUGGAAUACGUCUUUAUUCUCAGCAAAGCGGAAAUGGAAAAGUCAAAUGUUGACGCUGAGACCGCAAAGUUGUGCAUCGGUGCUUCUCUUGGCGUGAGUUAUCCAAUCAGUGGUGACGUAACAUUAGGUUUUAAGGCCAAAGGGAAAGGAUGCGAGAAAGACACUACUAUUCAAGAUGGGAGAACCAACAGUUCAUCCUUGAUUAAGGACGUUGUCACUCUAGUGAAGGGGGGAAUCUUGGAGACUAGCGCUGGCGUGCUGACCAUCAGGAACGCUGACACAUACAGAGCAUGGGGCGCAUCUUUGAAAUACCACCCCGCACUGAUCGAAUAUGAGACCAUGCCCAUUUACGAGGUGGUGCGCCUCAGCACGGCCGCCGCCGAGGCCGGGGCGAGGUUGGCGAACCUGGAGCAGGCCGUGGACGAGUACCAGCGGCAGUUCGACACGUGCCGCUGCGCGCCCUGCAGGCACAACGGCAUCCCCGUCCUUUCAGGCACUUCCUGUAGCUGCAUCUGUAAGUCGGGAUUCGAGGGGAGUGCCUGCGAGAAGACUUUAAGACCAGAUGCCAAGACGGACGGGUCAUGGUCCUGCUGGGGGUCGUGGUCAUCCUGCUCAUCGGGGAGGAAGACCAGGUCAAGGUCCUGUGACAAUCCUGCACCCGAUGGGGGUGGAAUAACCUGCCUGGGAUCCCCGACUCAGGCUCAGCGCUGCUGAGAAUAAUGAUGGUGUUUAGCGCAGGGGGAGCGCAAUAAAAAAAAACUCCUCUGCAAGAGCCGUCAACAGGAAAACCAGGUUUAAAUGAAAGGAAUAAAUGUGUGUUCCCAA